UGCGCAAGUCGAACGUGGCAUUCACCACUUCCUUCCGGUAACUAAAACGUAAACAAAAAAUAAAUACUCUGUUCGCUACUCUGUUUACAAAAUCCAUAGGUCUUUGCAACAACGACAACAACCAUGGCUCAGUCUUUCCAACAGGAGUAUAUGCAGAUGCCUCCAAUGACAAGAACCUACACGACGGCAUGUGUUUUAACAACGUUGGCAGUGCAAUUGGAUAUAAUCACCGCAUUCCAGAUAUACUUCCAUCCAGGUCUUAUAUUUAAGAAUUAUCAGUUUUGGCGCCUAAUCACCAACUUCCUAUACUUUGGUCCUAUCGGGUUUAAUUUCUUAUUCAACCUUAUUUUCACCUACCGAUACUGUCGGAUGCUGGAGGAAGGAUCUUUUAGAGGCAAAACAGCUGAUUUCUUCUUCAUGUUCCUGUUUGGAGGGACUCUUAUGACUAUCACUGCACUGUUUGUUAAUCUCGUAUUCCUAGGAAGUGCCUUCACAAUCAUGUUGGUGUACGUUUGGAGUCGACGUAAUCCCUUCGUGAGAAUGAGCUUCUUUGGUCUAAUGAAUUUCCAGGCUCCAUAUCUACCCUGGGUGUUGCUUGCUUUCUCACUUUUAUUAGGAAAUUCUGUGGUUGUUGAUUUAAUGGGUAUUGCAAUAGGUCACAUAUACUACUUCCUGGAGGAUGUGUUCCCACAGCAACCAGGAGGGUUUCGAAUCCUUCGAACUCCAGGAUUUCUGAAGAAGAUAUUUGACAGGGAGGAGGACCCCAACUACAAUCCUCUUCCAGAGGAGCGGCCAGGAGGGUUUAACUGGGGAGAGGGACAGGUCGCUGGUGAACAAGGUCACGAGGACUGAGAGGUCAAGGUCAUAUCACAGAACUGGAAAUCCAAGGAUUUAGGGAAUGGAGUAAAAAUCAUUGACACAUGCUGGUGGAAGGAAAAACUGCCAUUUAUAGAUAACUUAAAAUAAUGUAAUUUUUAAAUAUUAUGUUGUAUUCAAAUGGUUAAAUAAUAGAAGGAAUAAUAUAUUCUUACAUUUAUUACUUAUUAAGAAGAAAUAUUUACCAGGGAGAAUUCCUGAUACAACCAUUCCCUCAAAAUCACCCUUUUGACAAAAUCCAUGCACGCUCAAAAGUGCAUUUUGUAGAAUAAAAAAGCUCACCUGCCCUUUUCAAAUCCUAGCACUGUUGUAAAUGAUUGAAGUUGAGAUAAGUAAAGUAUGUUUGUAUGUUACAGGCAUUAUGUUGCCAUUGUUAUGGUUGUAACAUUGUCAUAGUCAUCUUUUUAAUAUUUUACUUAAGAAUGGUGGCAGACAUUAAGUUGGGGAUCGGAAUUUAAAAACUUACUUAUCUUGUGUUUUUGUUUCAAUAACAUAACUUACUGAUCUGGUUUUACGACGAGUUACAGUGAAUGACACAUAACUACAUGUACUUUGUAUUGUAAUUAUUAACAUCAGCAUGUAACUUAUCUCUCUGGAAUUAUUUUAUUGUAGAUAUAUUAACAUUUUGGCUGUGUUCUGUGAAAAGGGGGGUUAAUGCAUGUGCGUAAGGUGUCGUCCAAGACUAGCCUCAGGGGCGCCAAUUUCCACUUUGAUAUUUUUUAUUUCAAGAAAGUCCCUUCUUAGCAAAAAUCCAGUUAAGAUGGAAAGUGUCAUCGCUGAGAAGCCUUAUCUGGGAUGACAUUUGUACACAUUCCUUAUUAAAGGGGCCUUUUCACAGAUUUUGGCAUGUUUUGAAGUUUGUCAUAAAAUGCUUUCUAUUGAUAAAUGUAAACAUAAGAUAUAAAAAGCUCCAGUAAAAAUCA